GUGGAGGAAGACUAAAUGUGGCUUGGGUGGCGCAGGGCUGGGCUGGGGCGACUUCUGAGGGGCUUCGCUGGGGUCGAGCCCCUAGAGCUGCGGCGGCCUCCGCGGUCGGCUCCCCGCACGCCCUCCGCACCUCCCCCGCCCCCGGGUGCGUUCGGGCUCCCCCUCGGACUGAUGUCGCGCGCUUGCGUGCUGAGGCCAAAGCUCCCGACCCAGAGGCCGGCCCCAGAAAGCCCGCAGCGAGUAGGGGGCGGCGCGCAGGAAGGGAGGAGGGCCGGGGGCGUGUGGGGGGGGGGGUGGGUGUUCGGGGGUGGAGAUGUAGAAGAUGUGACGCCGCGGCCGGGCCGGUGCCAGACCAGCCGACGCGGUGCCGCGGUUGCUGCCGGAUCCCGGGCGCUGCAGCUACCGCAGGCGGCCCUCCCGAGACGGCGGCCGCGGAGACACCCAGCCCUAAACCCCAGCUCCCGGGCCCCGCGGCGCCCCGCGCUCUAGGGCAGCGGGAGAGGGAAGCGGCGGACCGGCUCCAGGCUGGGGGCCCACGGGCGCGGCCGCGCGCUGCCGGGCGGGAGGCUGGGGGGCCGGGGCCGGGGCCGUGGCCGUGCCCCGGACCGGGUCGGGGGCCGGGGCCGGGGGGCGGCGGCUCCCCGCGCGGCUCCAGGGGCGCGGGCACCCCGGCAGAGCGCCGGCGGAGCCAUGGCAGCCGGGAGCAUCACCACGCUGCCCGCCCAGCCGGAGGACGGCGGUAGCGGCGCCUUCCCGCCCGGCCACUUCAAGGACCCCAAGCGGCUGUACUGCAAAAACGGGGGCUUCUUCCUGCGCAUCCAGCCGGAUGGCAGAGUGGACGGGGUCCGGGAGAAGAGCGAUCCUCACAUCAAACUGCAACUUCAAGCAGAAGAGAGAGGGGUUGUGUCCAUCAAAGGAGUAUGUGCAAAUCGCUAUCUUGCCAUGAAGGAAGAUGGAAGAUUACUGGCUUCUAAAUGUGUUACCGACGAGUGUUUCUUCUUUGAGCGAUUGGAAUCUAAUAACUACAAUACUUACCGGUCAAGGAAAUACUCCAGUUGGUAUGUGGCACUGAAACGAACAGGGCAGUAUAAACUUGGACCCAAAACAGGACCUGGGCAGAAAGCUAUACUUUUUCUUCCAAUGUCUGCUAAGAGCUGAUCUUAACGGCAGCAUCUGAUCUCAUGUCACAUGGAAGAAGACAUAUAUUUUUGAAAUUUAUUAAUGAAAUAAAAGAAAAGAAAAAUGUGUACAGCUAUCUGCUCAGUUUGGAUGAAUGGUCAGAUAACCUUUUUAUCUAAGAGUAAACAUUUAACCAUUGCCUUACUAAAGAAAAGCAACAAAAAUUCCCGGAAAAUGUAUAGACUUCCACCUUUUGUAUUGCAUUUGCCUUUACCCAUUGAAGCUUACUUAGUGCUACAAUCUUUUUCAUACAUUUGCUUCCUUUGGAAAGAGGCUUUUAAAAUUUGCAUGUUUUCAUCAAACAAGUUUUCUUAUGAAAAUUAUAAACAUUAGAAUAUUAAAGUCAGAUAUUUAGUUAACCCUAAAUGUCCACUACUUUUUAUAGUACGGCACACAUUAUUCUGCAUGUGCAAUUUACUUAAAAUUUUUUAAAACAUGUAACUAUGGAUUUAAUCCAUUCCUGUCAUAGUUCUGUAAUUGGCUGGCAGUUCCUUGUGAUAGAGUUUAUAGAACAAGCCUGUGUAAACUGCCGGAAGUUCUUCCAUGGUGAAAUCAAUCUUGUCAAACCCUUCUCUGUACCCAUACAGCAGCAGCCUAGCAACUCUGCUGGUGAUGAGAGUUGUAUUUUCAGUCUUGGCCAGGUCACUGAGAUCCAUCCAUUCACACCUUAAGCAUUCAUGCUGGCAAAAAUCUAUGGUGAAUGAAUGUGGCUUUAAGCGACAGAUGAUAUACAUAUCUGACUUCCCAAAAGCUCCAGGGUUGGUAUGCUGUUGCCGAAGGCUCAGGAGGGACCUGAAUUCUGAUCUUAUACCAGUCUCUUCAAAAACUUCUCGAACUGCUGUGUCUCCUACAUAAAAGAAAGAUGUACAAAAUCAGUAAGAAUCACAUUUUUAGAAUUUUAAUCAUCAAAGAUUUUCAGAUAAAGUAGCAUUAUCUAAAGGUUGAGAAACAAAAAACCAUCCUAAGAAAGUGUUCAACAUAAACUCUUUGCCUUCUGGACAUCCUGAAACACCAAAGAAUUUUCUUACCAGUGUAUAUCGUAGAAGCUUUUGAAAUACUGAAUAUUUCUUUGGCUGCUAUGUGCAGGCUUACCUACCUGUAUACUUUGGGAGUCACAUUUUUAACUUCUUCUGGCUCUAUUUCCCAAAAAUUGAAAACACAGGUUCCUGCAGUUAAUAUUCCCACAUAUUUCAUUAUUGAAAUAUGUUUGUGAUAUGAUAUAUAUGAUGAUAUAUUUCAUUAUUGAAAUAUAUCAGUUUGUGGUCAUACAUCAAAACCGCCCAAACUUAUACACAUCAGUAUUGAGAAAAAGUGAUUCAUUCUUCCUCACAAGUCUGUAGAGCUACAGAAUGUAUUGAGCUGUGAACAGUUCAAAUCCUUCCCGGUGAUCCUGGUUGGGGCUGUCAAGCCUCUGACAUCUAGAACAGUUUCAUUUCUAACCAUUCUGUUAUGCUCCCCUAGUUAUCCUGUCAGUAGAAUCCCAGUAUGGUAAUUUUUGGCAUUUCCUUUGUUCCUUGAGAUUCCAAAGAACUAUUUUGUAAAACUAUUUGUAAAAACAAACUUGCAUUAAGAAAGUUUGUAAAAACAAACUUUGUAUUAAGAAAGGUUUUGUAUUAAUGUCUUGUAAUUUACAGAAUUUUAUAAUACGACAAAGGUUUCACAUUUUAUAAGGUUGGUUAUUUUCAAUAUUAUGCAAAUUUCUGGAGCAGGAUUUUGGUUGCUUUUUCUAAAUCUCCAGAAGAACCCCCUAAAUGGGCUUUCUCUAAUUUUGGGAUGUUCUGUCACUGUCUCCCAGAGUGGUCAUGAGAAAUUCUUUAAAAAGCUGUGUUCUUUGCUCAGUUUGCUGGAAGCUUUCCAAUGUCACAAUUGCCACAGGCAUAGAUUUUUGUUCAAAGAUCUCUAUUCAAUGCUGUGUCCUUGUUUGUCAAAUAGAAAAUUAUAUUUGCCUUCUCAGUAGUCCUACUGAUGAAGAAUAGGCAAGGAAGGGGAAGUCAAGGAAAAAAUCUCAAUUUCCACAUAUUCUGACUAUAGAUUGUCUUAAUUGCCUACAUAUGCUUGUGGGUGUGUCUCCUCCCCACCCCCAUCCCACUAAGAAACAGCUCUGGAAAUAUGCACAGGAAAAGCAAAGUGUUCUAAAAUAUAAGACAUUUAUUUGUCUGCCAUUUUGAACUACAUGCUGACUUCCCCUUCCCUUGAGGUUUGCCAUAGAUUAAAACAGUAAGUUCUAACCAUGUUUAAAUUAAAAACAUGAAAGAAUGUAUGUGAAUAAAAGGAAAACCUUUCUUAAUACAAAUAAUUUUCAGCUUGGAAUACAAUAUAUGAUUGUUAUUAAAUCUGGUAGAUUUAAUAUAUCUGAGAUUGUGGCACUAGUCUUAAAUUUGCUGAUUUCACUUAGCUAUUGUUUAAAUGUUUAUUUUUUUUAACACCUUGAAAAAUGACCAUGGGGGUUCUGUUAAACUUUUAGUACCACUAAUCCAAAGUCUGGCAUUUCAUUUGGAGUCUAGCCUUUUUAUGUAUCAUGGAGGCACAGGACAGACUAGUGAGUGGAUCUACUCUACUAAGCAGUCACCUUAGCAGCUGAUUGGAAGUCAGCACUGCCUCUGUAGUUUGAUCAGUUUAAUUUGAAUCAGCAUAGCAUUGGCUGGACUAAAAACUGAAUGAGUAGAUAAGUGCUUUUCCAAUCAAGGUAUGAGUGAGUCCUUCCAUCUCAAGAUGGAAAUCUUUACCCCAAGGUUUUUUUGAUAAGAAUUAAAAAAAAAAUUUUAUGCAGAUAAACUGCUUUAUUCUGUUGUACUUUUAUUUUAAUGUACUGUAAGCUGAACUGAAAUAACAUUUACUGUUUUAUAUGUUUAAAGAACCAAGAGGGUUUUGUUUUUAUUUUUGCUGAUUGAGAGCUAUGUUUAAAUAUGUCACACAGUGUUUUGUUUAGUUACAGGACAGUGAAAUGGAAUUUAUUUUGUUAUUUCUAUUUUGUAAUAUUUAAUAGGAUUAGGUUGAAAGAAAAUAGGAAAGACUGUGCAGCUUGUGGGUUUUCCUGGCGUUUCCCUCUGAUUCUGGUGCACUGAUGAGCUCUGAGCAGCCCCCACUGCUUUAUGGUCCUUUGACCAUGCAGGAGAUUCUCUUUCUGUCAAUAGUAGUGAAUUUUUUUAGGAAGGCAAUUUCUCUGUUUUUAACCUUGUAGAUACUUUUGUACUAUUAGGGUAUUAUUUUAAAGCCCGAAGAUUGCAUUCUGUUUUGUAUAUGACCCCCUUAGUUUUUUUAAGCAUUAUGGAUAAGAGUGUUUCAUUUACCUAGUAUUAUCAAAGAAUGAAGGAUUCCAAACAAAUGCGUUUCCCAGUUAACUAGUGUUUCUCAGUUAACUAGUAUUUACUACUUAAGAGCUAAUAUGAAUGUGUGCACAUUUGUGAUGGCUCUAUUCCGAAAGUAUAUUACAUACUUUCCUAAAUACGGAGUUUAAAGAACAUAAUUUUGAUAAUUAUUGGGUAAUUUGACUUUAUCCUUAAGAAUAAUCUAUUGUGUUGGAAGAUGGAAAUGCUCUAAUAUAGACAGACAUAAUCCUUCAAAAUUCUAUUGUCAGUUAUCAUUUCUAGCUGUUUCAGGAUUUUAUCAGGAUUUUAUUAGCUUUAAUUAGUAAUACUCCUACACAAUACAAGGAAUGCCAGUGGCUGCUUUUCUUAUAACUCCUCAUGGCUGAAUAGGUGGGUUGUUGUACCAACCACAAAUACUUAAUUCAGAGUUCACUUUUUUUUUUUUUUUUUUUUUAUUAAUCUGGACUUGAAGAGUUCUGGAGUAUACUUAAAACUAAAACUACGCAUACUUGGCUUGGAAAUGUGUUUCUUCAUUUGCAUUAAAAUGUAAGUAUCUUGAAAAUUUACAAAAUCUGAAAAAACUCAAAAGGAAAAAGUCAACUGACUUUUUGAGAUAGCAAGAUGCAGAGGAGGAAGCUAAACAUAGCUCCUGUAGCCUGAUUUUUGCCUAAUAUAAAUUGGGUGAGGAUGUAAGACAUAAAUUUAAUUAGCUCACACACACUCUCAUAUAUCACAUAAGGGUAGUGUGAGAUUAAUUAGGUGUUCCAAAAUAAAUGGCCCUCUCUUUUAGCACUUGUACCACCACGAAAUCUUUCUACGGAAGACCUAAGCAAUGGACUCUAAGCAGAAGAUCCAUAAGUACCUGAAAACCAAAAUUUGCUAUGGAUAUAUCUCAUUGUAGUAAAUUUACUUAUGGUUUGUUAGGAGUUGGCUAUGUACUGUGUAUAGGGCAUUUUAAUCUGUGUAACAUUUUUAAAAAAUGAAGUUUCAAGUAUAUAUACGUUUUCAAAUAAAAUAUUUAAAGAUAACUUCGAAAGUUGCCUUUAUAUAUAAAUGUUGGCUAAAGAGGGGACAUGCAUAUGGAGGAAAAAUCAUGGAAAAUUACAGUGAUACCAAAUGAGGCAUCUAUUGAUUUCUUAUGACGCAGACUGCAUUUGACCCAGUCAAGGGUCAGGAAUAGGGAGGAAAACUUUGUUUUUAUUCUUUCUUCUAUUUAUUGUAGAUUCAGUAACAUAGAGUUCUUAGCUUAUGUCACAUUUGUUUGAAAUACUGAGCUCAGGAAGUUGCUUUAAGGAACUCUCAGUUGAGACUCACUUGUAUGUGACAUUUUAUUACAUUUUGGCUUCCUGACUAUUUAAAAUAAAUAGUAGACAGAAUUUUUAUAAAGGGGAAUUAAGUCACUACUGCUCUAUAACUGAGUUUAUAAAUACUUAUUUUGAAGUUCAUUGAAAAGUUAUUUAAAAGUUAUUCAUUUAAAAGUUAUUUCAUCCUUGUGUGGUGAAAUGGUCAAGAAUUUGUGUUUUCUUAUAGUUUAAUUCCAGGAACAAUAUUAGUCAUAUCCAAAAUCACCCUUAAUGCUAAACUUUACUAAUGUAUAUACAAAGCUUUUUAUUUUCAAACAAAUUACUCUAGAAGCAACCCUAAGCAAAAUAGGUGGUAUGCGCCUAAUGGUAUUUUUUUAUACUAGUGAGAUAAGUUGUAAUAUUACAAGUUUUGCUGCUAAUUUUAUAUAAGCCCUGAAGUAACUUCUCUGAAAUUUCUCAGUCUAAACCCAUUAGAAAAUUUAAAAUCUUAUUUUCAGCUAUAGAGCAAACAAAGUAAACAUAAAUUUCCGAACAUUUCCAAGCCAAUUAAAAAUAUGUAAGGUAUACAUACCAAUAUCUUCUCCAGGCUCUGACAGGCCUCCUGGAAACUUCCACAUAUUUUUCAACUGCAAUAUAAAGUCAGAAAAUAAAGUUAACAUAGCUUCAUUCACUAACACAUACAUAGAGACCCCACAAAAUCCACCCAUAAUUGGUCAAUGCGUUGAGAAUUUAUCUUUUGGUAAUGGCAUGCAAAUUCCCUUCACCUUCCUUUUUCUACCCUUCUUCUUCUUGGGUGGGGGAAACUGGUUACUUAAGAAAUCUUUUCCUACCUUUUCCUUCAGGAAAUAGAAGUGGUUUUGUUUGGUUAAUGUGAUAAAUUCUGUAUGAAUAAAACAGUGGAGGGAAAUAUCUACUGAGUUUGUGUAAUUUUAAGAAUUUUGCUGCUAGUUAACUAUUAACAAAUAGAUGGAUCUUACAGAUGCUGCUAUAAAUAAGUAGAAAGUACAGUAUAAAUUUAAUAACUAAAGUAUGCUAUUUUUAAUUUUCACAUUUAUUUUCUGUAUUGUGUGUCUAAUCAGAUUUCUCUUGUUCUGUGUGUUAUGAUUUUAUAUACAUAUGUAAUUGCUUUUCAUGGGUAGUAUGAAUAAAUUUGAUUAGUUUAAGCUUGAA